CCCCCCUCUCAGAUAGUGAAUCCUCACCCACGCUCACCUCCUUCCAUCCACCACCUCCUCAACUCCACCUCCUCACUCUUCGCACCCUUCUCCACGAUGCACUUCUCCGCCCCCCUCUUCCUGACCGCCCUCCUCGGCGCCCUCGUCAGCACCGUCCUCUCUCAGAGCGAGAGCCCCGACGGCAGCUGCGGCGGCACCAACGCCUUCGCCUGCACGGCGGCAGAGUUUGGAUCGUGCUGCUCCAGCAGCGGCUUCUGUGGUGAAGGAGUCUCCUACUGCGGCGCCGGCUGCCAAGCGACUUACUCGGCGAACGCGACGGUGUGCUUGUCGAACCCGCCAUCCGUUGAUGGCAGCUGCGGCGGGACGACUGGAUACACGUGCACGGGCAGUACGUGGGGCGGCUGCUGCAGCAAGUAUGGGUUCUGCGGUACUACCGCCGCGUAUUGCUCCACUGUGGGCGGAUGUCAGGCGGGUUUCGGUGCGGCUUGCACGCUGCCAUAGAUGGUUGAAUAGAUGGUGCGGAUGGAUGGAAGGACGUAAUGUGGAUAUGAGUUGGCGGAC